CUAUUUAUAAUUUGUUGGGUGAUAAGCAAGGCGAAAAUCCCAUCAAAAGUAAGGAUUAAUGAAGAAUAUAAUAUUCACGAGUAUGAUAAAGGUCCGACUAACGGAUGUCAAACAGCACUAGAUUAUGGACUACCCGUAGUAAGGCUCUGGUUGGCUCACUCUCGUCUAUCUACGGUGAAAAACGCUAUUGCCGGCAAAAUCAAUGAAGUGCCCUCUCAAAAGAGGUCGACUGAGGAGCUUGUUGAGUAA